GGAGUGAAUGCAGGUGUCGGCGUCUGCAUGUGAGUGUGUGUGAGAGAGAGAGAGAGAGAGAGAAAGGGAGAGAGAGAAAAGAGAGAGGCGCGUGGUGUCUCUUCUCCCCCCCUCUGGCUUCCCUUUCUCCCUGCUCCUUGCUGCUCCUUCCUUUUUUCCCUCCCCGUCCACCCCCCGCCUCCAGACGGACCCGUCCCGGACCCUCCACCUUCCGCCCUUUUGACUAUCCUCACUUCUCCAUCCCACCUGGCCCUCUGGAGCAGGAGUAUAUCUGUGUUCAGAUUUGGACCUCUCACAUGAGACAACAGCCACUGACUGAUUUUCACUCAAUAUUCUUUGCUUCAAGAAAGAAAAGUAAAAGAUUAAAGUCUGCGUGAAUCGAGCCAAAGAAUAUUCAUACACCUGCACACCUGAGAAGAGAGGUAAAACUAUUCAGGUGGACCUGCACCGGAUAGACAGACUUCUUCCCAGUCUUCUGGAGGAGUGACAUCACAAGGUCACAUGACCUGGAAGAGAAACCCCGAGAGACCUCUAGGAUCCCUCUCUGAAUGGGCCGGUGAUCAGCCUGGAGAGAAGUGUAAAGGCUGAUGAACUGAUCCGCGCGGAUACGCAGCUGAGCUCGCGUUCCCUCUCUCCCCGCCGGGCCCUCCAUUUAUGCCCUGAGCUCCCGCAGCUGGGUGGAGCUCUGGUGAUUGGUUGGCCACUGUACCAUCACACUCUUCCUGCCCCCAGGGGACUCCAGUCACGUGACCUCACUCCUGUCUCACCGCCACUCCCAGCAUGGAACCCACCAAAGUCCAGUCAGAAGGCGGGCUGAACGUCACCCUCACCAUUCGGCUGCUGAUGCACGGAAAAGAAGUUGGAAGCAUUAUUGGCAAGAAAGGGGAAACUGUAAAGAAAAUGCGUGAAGAGAGCGGUGCACGGAUCAACAUUUCGGAGGGGAACUGCCCAGAGAGGAUCGUCACCAUCACGGGUCCCACAGACGCCAUAUUUAAGGCUUUUGCUAUGAUUGCCUACAAGUUCGAGGAGGAUAUAAUCAACUCCAUGAGCAACAGUCCAGCCACCAGCAAGCCCCCCGUUACUCUGCGCCUGGUGGUGCCGGCCAGUCAGUGUGGCUCCCUCAUCGGCAAAGGAGGCUCCAAGAUUAAGGAGAUGAGGGAGUCCACAGGUGCUCAGGUGCAGGUGGCGGGGGACAUGCUGCCCAACUCUACAGAGCGUGCAGUGACCAUCUCUGGGACCCCUGAGGCCAUCAUCCAGUGUGUCAAACAAAUAUGUGUGGUUAUGCUAGAGAUGAUUUCAGUUUUUGGCCUGGAGAGACCCCGCCCACAGUCCCCACCGAAAGGUGCAACCAUUCCCUACCGCCCAAAGCCCGCCUCCACCCCCGUCAUUUUUUCAGGUGGCCAGGUAAGAGCCGAUCCUCUGGCGGCGUCCGCAGCAAACCUCAGCCUCUUACUGCAGCACCAGCCACUGCCUGCCUACACCAUUCAGGGACAGUAUGCCAUCCCUCACCCAGAUCAGUUGACCAAGCUCCACCAGUUGGCUAUGCAGCAAACUCCCUUUACUCCCCUUGGACAGACCACCCCUGCUUUCCCUGGUUUGGAUGCCAGCCCCCCGGCCAGUACUCAUGAACUCACCAUUCCCAAUGAUCUAAUAGGCUGUAUAAUCGGGCGCCAGGGAACCAAAAUCAACGAGAUCCGACAGAUGUCUGGAGCGCAGAUCAAAAUCGCUAACGCCAUGGAAGGGUCAUCAGAGCGUCAGAUCACCAUCACAGGAACCCCCGCCAACAUCAGCCUCGCCCAAUACCUCAUCAACGCAAGGUUCAGAGAUGUAGCAGCCAUGUGGAGUGACCCCUCGUCCAUGUCUACAUCCUGAAGCCCCAAACCGACUCCAUCAUCUGCAGCUUUCAGCAGGCCCCUCCCUCGGACCCAUCCUGCACCUCUCAUCCGUCCUGGCCCAGUUAACCAUGCCCACUUAACCACACCCAGUUAUCUGUCCACCUGACAAUCAACCUCCAGCAGCUGUCCUCCUGGUGUGAGGAGGCAGCUGCUAAAAUGGAGACAAAAUGAUGUCGUUUCGUUUUGUUCUUGUAGUGCUUUAGUUUAGUAUUUCCGCAUGCCAAACUCUUAGGAUCCAGCUGUGUUAUUCUUUGACUCCUGUUUGCUUGUAUUGCUGAGUAGGGUUGUUAAGUCCCUUGGCCUUUGCCAAGAAAAUAACAUAUAAAAAAGAAACAAAAAAUAAUGUACAAAAAAAUGUAAAAUUUCUUUAAAAAAACGUAUAAAAAUGUAAUUGCAUCUGAUUGCUACUAGGCAAUGCUGUUGGCUAGGAAACAGGUGUGAUGUGAUGCACCUAUAUAGGGAUGUUGCCAUAGUGUCCCUCUUAAUGAUAGAGGCAGUAGUUUUAAUACAAGAAGGCAAGGAGGAAGUAGUCUCAGUCCAAAAAGCUCAGACAUACAUAUACCAAGUUGGAUUGUUUUCUGUUUUUUUUUCUUCUUUUUUUUAUGAAAUGAAAUGUUACCUUUGCUUAUUUAACUUUCGUUCUGGUCUGGAGACUUGUUUUGCUAAAUGCUUCUAUCAAAGAAAAAAAAAGUUUGGAGAGUAUUUAUAGUUGGAAAGUUUUUAUAGUUGUCAGCCCGAAUUAAUUAGUGAAUCUGUCCUGAUUACAAAGCUCUGGCAAAACGUGGAGAGAAAGCAGUGAAGAACUGCAGAGCAUGUCAUGUCGUACGGAAGUGUCAAAUGCUUUCAGAACCAUUCUUUUAGAUUUCUGCCCUUUCCUUUUGCCUCCCCCACCACCUCCCUCCCUCGAUGUUCAAGGACAACAUCUGAGUUGACUGGAAUGGGCGCACUCUAAAUUCUACCCAUAAUCCUUCACUGCAUCACAUGACCCUUUUAAGCCAAUGGCAUUGCACCUAGUUUGUUUUCUCUUUCUCUCUCUGUAUUUGGCCUACCCUGCAUUUUAAGUGAUUAUAACCCAUUUAUAUACUAUACUGUAUACUCAUUUAAAUAUUCCUGUUCAGUCUUCCUGUUCCACUUCCCUGUUGGUAAAUUAAUAGCUCCAGUCCUACUACCCAUUGCUUCAAAGAACAAUGUCAUUUUUUUGACACUCUAGUACCGUACAUGUUUCAAAAAGGCGCUCUGCACAACCAUAAACUUCACUCUCAUUCAUUAUUUUUUUCAUUUCUGUGUCUUGUGUACUUUGGGCAGUCCAAGGAAAAUCAUUUAAAAGCCUUUACGGUGGCAUGGGGGAAAAUGCAUGAUAAAAAAAUAGAUUUUUUGAAAAAUGCAUAUGGAUUUUUAAGACUAUGGGCCGUGUCACUUUAAGCUCAGGUGCCACGUACUAGCUUGUCCCCCAUGUGUAUCUACAUGAGGUGCCAUGACGAUGCCCAAACAGACUUGAAUUGGCAUUCAUUUUUCAGGUUUCACGAAAUUAACUUGAAAGUUAUAUGAAAACGUAUGAAAUUUGGACUGAAAGCAAUACCUGUGGAAUUUUGUAAUAAAAUAAGAAUUACAGAUGCAACUUUCGCACAGCACUGAAUUUGUUGAGGAACGAAAGUUAUCCGAUGUAGUUUCUGCUGUGUGCAUUUAGGUGCUUUAGACCAAAUCUGUGCAGUGGACUUAUGAAAAUACUGAACUUGAGAAUGGCUCCUCUUCCAAGUGUCUGUCACAUCUUUCUGCAGCGAGUAUGCAAGCACUCCACUGCAGUUAUACGAGGCUCUCGCACACCGACUUUAUAAAUUUCCUCCUUUUGUGCAUUCUUUCUCCAUGAAUCCACAAAGGCCUGGGCUUUCUGUCUGCAUGCAUUCAUUCAUAUGCAGAAGCUCAAAAAUGCCCUUGUACAUUUUUUUUACACUUUCACCUGUGGCACACUGAAUAAACACACAGUCUGACUCUACGCUUCAAAUGGCCUUCGGACCAUUUACCCAGCAUUCCACAUGAGAGCUGUCCUGAAUGCAGAAUUGUGUUGGGGCUGAAACAGAUUUUUUAGGGCCGUGGAAUGUUCUAGGGUUCUGGCCAGUGGCAGACACCAGAACCCGGUCUGCCUUCCUCUUACACAUGAUUGUUUCUUUCUCUUUUUCUUUGGUUUUUGUUCAAAAGGCCAUCAUGUUUGCUUCAGCAAAUCCAUGGUAUUUCUGGAUUUAAAACAAGUUACAAAACAGAUUAGAUUUUCCCCUUUUGGUCAGAUUAUGUGAUUAUAAACAGCUUGAAAUAAUUUUGCUUUCAAUAAAGGAAAUGUUCUGCAUUUAAUAUGUUUGUGCCAAUAUCCAGAACAUGCACGUUAUUAUGUCCCUUAUUGCAGUGUAAUUAUCUACGUUUACAAAGUGCAAACUUUGUAAAUCAACUUUACCAUGCUACUUCUGUAUAUUCCAUAUUUCAUAUAUAACUGUAAUUACGUCAGAACAGUGCAUUCCCCCCUCUGCUGGAAUCACAAGCUGUUUCUAAGAGACGAGGGGAACGGGCGCUGUUUAUAAUCACAUACAUGAGCCUUGUUCUUUCCACAGUCCUUCCGUUCACUGUUUGCUUUUAGGUUAUUUUAGUCUCUGUUGGGUUUUGAUUUGUUGCCGUAGUUAUUGACAAUGUUAGUUAUUGUAGCCCUUGGCCACUCCCCCGGAAAUGGUGAUCCGUAUAUCGGAAAGACCGAGCCCCCUGAAAACCGAACCCUCGUUUAACCGAGUCCCCAAAAAACCUGCGUGCUCACUUGCGGUUGCAGUGCUUCCUGAGGCUGUGUAGUGUUUGGAAACACGUUAUGUUAUGUAUCUAGGCCUCAACCGCAUUUGAGUCAAAAAUUUGUUUGGCACUAUCACUUAAGUUGAAUGUAAAUCUUUCAACAACACAGAUUAAGCAAUGCAGUCUUUUUAAGCUGACUUUGAGAAACGGCAUCAUUUUAAAGUGUGCUUGUUAAUAACACUUCUACAUCGUAAUGCUCAAGGAUGCUUUCUUUCUUUUUUGUUUUUAAGUAGGUUUUUUCCAUGCAUCCGAAUGCAUGCAACCAUACACCGAGCCAAAGGCAACCUGAUUUUAACUGGCUGGCAGCUGAAGAUGCUGAAAUGUCAAUGCUAGAUGCUACAGGUGUGGAGCUACAAUGCAGUGACACUGUAUACUGGCCAUUAGCACUGCAAGCAGAAGGAACAUGAGCAUGCUGUAUCAUCAGCAUAAACUCAUGAGGAGGUUAGGGUUAGGGUUAGGGUUAGGGUUAGUCACUGGAUAAUGUGAGUGAAGAAUCGGUUUUUGCUGUGUAACCUGUGUACCUAGCUGGAAGAGAUUUAGAGAUUUCUCUGUUAGCACGUUGACUUGUGUUGAAUAUGAUCAGCAGCUGUCAGCCAGACACAUUUAUUUAUUACUUAACCUCACGUGGAAGAAUGAAACAGGCCAGUCACAAAUAUUUAUGCUAAAAUGUCUUUAUAUUUUUGCUUUUAGUUGGCUCAUAUUAUGUUGAGGAUUAUGGGGAAUGCAUAUUUAAUUUAACAGUUCAUAUUCUGCAAUAGUUAUGUCAUUUGAUAUUUUGCACAGCUUUGCGUUUUAAUUCAAAAUUAUUUAAAGGAUUUAUUUUAGUUUAGUUUUUGAUAAUUUAGUUAGAUUGUAACUAAAAAGCUUGUAUGGAAUGUUCUAAUACAGUAGUCAAUGAAUAAGUCAGUGAAAAAAAAACAAUGCUCUUGGGCUGUGUAUGUGUAGCAUUUUAUUGUGUUAUUAUUAUUUUUAUUAUUAUUAUUGUUAUUAUGGGUACUAAGAUAACACUACAGAUGCUACUAUUAUUGACUGGUGUUUCGCUCAUUUUAUUCCAUUAAAAUCAUUUGUAUUUGAUAAGUUUUUCUUAGCAGUAUUGUGUUGUUGAUAAUGCAGCAUCAUUAUUUGUGAGGCAGAGUAUCAAGGUAAUCUCACUACCUACUGAAUGUCUAAAGUCAUCGCUGUUGCAAGGAAAUUCUGCAUUAUAUUUCUAAGCAGCUGUACAUUGCAAAGAUGCAGCAUAAGGCUGAUAUUUUAACCCUCUGAACACUGCUUAUUACCUCUCACUCAUCCGUUGUCCAAAUUCAUAGCAUCACAUAAUCAUUCCUACCAUCCAGAUUUACACUGGAAAACCAACAAAAUAACUUCAGAGUGUGCAAUAAUCUUCCCUCUGCUAUUUAAGGCUUGAGCUACAAAAUAAUGUUUUAACAGAUUUGUCACUUCAUUAACUUUACUACCAUUUAUCUUCUUUUAUCUGUACUGGAGCUGCAAAAAAAGGAACAUAAUCCCCUUUCUGUCCAUGUUUAUGCAUAUUCUGCUGUUUGAAACUGUAGCAAAGAGUUCAGGAUUCAUUUUAAGUUGAAUAUUCGCUGCUUGCAGAUGUAUAUUAGAUUUAAAUUAUUGAGGUUAGGUUACAUUUGAAAUGUUUUGUAAAAAGGAAAAAAAUAAACUUUCUUUUUCCCUUGA